AUGACUCAGAGCAAUGGGGAGAACCCACCGAGGAGCCGGGGUGGACUCCAACAGAUCCGAGCUGGGAUUCAGUCCAGAUCACUGCUGGCCAAGAAGAGAGUGGAGAACAUCACCAAAGAUGACGUGAAAGGAUUCUUCAUCAGAAAUGCCUUUGUGAUCUUCACCGUUGCAGCUGUCAUCAUUGGUAAGGAAGAGCAUUUUAUGGCGAUAUUUUUCCACCACACACAUACUUUAGGCAGUACCCCCUGAAAACUGGAGGUAAUUCGAAGAGCCUUUGUUUCCCCUUCUACCCCCACCCAAUUCAUACCUGUUAAAAAGAGGGCAGCAGAUUUUCAGAGCCACCCCAUCAACCUCUUUCUUUAUUGUGACCAUCACCCCUGGUGCAGAGCGGAAGAAGGGAAGAAUUGAAACAAACCCUUUGGAUGAAUGAAUAGAGGGAACUCAGAUGAACUUAACAGACGGGCCUUUAUCUGACCUCCUGGCUGACCUUUGACAUCUCACCAUUAACCUUUGAGUCCUUCUCUGCAGGAAGUGAGUCAGGCCCACCCACCUCUAGCACAUCUGCAGCCCUGCUAGAAUUACACCGGGCCAUGAAGAACAUGUUUGAGUGAUAAUUCAAGGGGGCUCUUCACCUUCAGCCACGAGCUCAGCCACCUGGCCUAAGAGAUGAAAUAGAGCUGCACCGGACUAACAGUUUGUUGAUGGAGUAAACUAGAAACGAUUAGUAAGGAUUUAACAAGAGGACAAGUUUAGACAAUGGCCAGUCAUUGCACAAUAAUUGAAAAAGCCAAACAGUCCUCACCUCUCCCAUAAACAGUCGCAUUAACAACAAACAGUAACACUUCCCAUUAAUAACAUCGCACAAUUCAGAUAUUUCCUGCAGUGAAAUCAUGUGCUCACAUGCUUUCACCUUUAUCGAUAAGCCCCACAUCGCCUGCACCAUUCUCAAGUAGCCAUGAGUCAACAGUGUUUUUUCGUAGAAGUGCGAGGAAUCAUUGCUACUUUUCUCAAAGUUAAUUACAGAUUCAUUUUUUGCAUGUUGAAACAAAUCAGUGACCUUGUGAAUGUCUUUGUUGCAUAGAAGUUACACCCUGCACUUUGCAGAAACACUGCGAUAUCACUCCACAGAUUUUAAAUAAUGGGCUUCAUUUUUAAAGAUAUUCUCUUGGAUUUUCUCCCACUUGUGAUCCUCUCUGCAGGCAUAAUCCUUGGAUUUGCUCUGCGUCCGUACAAAAUGUCUUACCGUGAAGUGAAGUUUUUCUCUUUUCCUGGGGAGCUACUGAUGAGGAUGCUGCAGAUGCUUGUGCUGCCCCUGCUGGUUUCCAGUCUUAUCACAGGUAUGAACCUAAGGCCACUUUGGGCUGUAACUGCAGACACUUCUCUAAUCAAAUGAACAAACUUUGUGUCAUAUUUUGAACUGCUAGUCAGAAACAUAGUUACAUAAUCAUAUCACAUAAAAAGCGCAUUUUCAGUCAGUGAUAACAAGCUUUAAUGUUACUCAUAUGAAUCAUCUUCACCACUACAUAGUUAGAAGUGAAUACAACAACGCUGCACACACCCAUGGCUUACUCACAGCACUGCCUUGUGGUUUUUUUCACAACAGCAAAUUGAUUGUUUGAUCGUCAUUGUCUAUUUUUGGUUCAAAUGUACCUCAGAUAUCUAAAAUAAGCAGACAUGGCAUACCCUUCUCACUUGUCUGUGUGACGUUGUUUUAUUCUAAAAUUAAAUCAAACAGAUUCAGACCACACAGCACUCACAUAAAUCACAAAAAUGCCUGAAAACACGAAUCUUUUCCUCGCACAUUGGCGUCACUCUGAGUGUAGAAAAAAUGUACAAAAUCUAGUUUACCCUCGACCUGUUUCCCUUAAUACUUCAUUUUGUCCUCGCCAGAAUCUCAGUCAUAUUGCUUUGCAUAGAGUAUGAAAAUUUUCACCUCCGACAGAUUCUGUUUAUUUGAGGUUUUAGUUUUGUUUUUCAGGUUUACAUGUGACUUUCGUGUUAAACCUUUGUACCAGUGACAGUGCUGUUUGUUGAUUUGCGGCUCUUUUGACAACAUGUAUCUCAUGAGUGGCAGAGUGAGCCGACUGUUUGUUCAGCCAGUGCCAUUUGUUAGUUUUGGGCCCAGCAGAUGAGGGGUUGGGAUGACCUCAUGAGCAAAAGAGAGUGAUAUGUUUUCAAGCUUACUGUACGGAUCUCGAUCACAUGUCUUACCCACGUCUGCAUCUUAGUACAACACGACCACAUCAGUUGAUUCUUGUGUUUAAGCCAAAUAACUGAUCUGAGAUCUGUGGAUUUAUUUGUGGUUUCAGGGCGUUUGUAGCUUCUGCUGUUCAUGUGUAUUUGGGACUCACUUUCAGUGAAAACAAAAACAUAUGACUCUGAGGUUUUCACUUCUAAUCCGGGGAUAUGGUGAUUUCAUUUAUCACUGUGUACGGUUCAUAAAUCCAGCCAGAUACAUAGAGACAAUUAUCAAAAGUAAAUGCCUGGGGUGUUUUAGCAAGAAGAUCAUUUACUUUCAAUCAAAGCAAAAGUGUGGAUAAAGUUAAGGAGAAUGUUAGUCUCCAAAAUACACGUGUCAGAACUGACCCUCGGCUGUAGGCGGGACAUACAGGGACCAAGUGUCCACUCUCUGAGCAGUGACUGACGGAGCAAGAAGCCAGUCUCCUGAGGAGAUGAGAGAGAGAGACAUGUUGUCUGAUAAUAACCUGCUUUGUGCUGCAGCAGGGCGUAACAUCAGGAUCCUCUGACAUCAUGUCACAUGACUUCUGCUACAACAUGUGGAAAGCAACAAAGAGGGCUGUUCUGUGGAAACGUCACACAUCCCCAGCUGCUUUCUUGUGUGUGUGCGUAUGUUUAUGUGUUAUCAUCCAAGAGGUUAGAUCCAAACACAAACUAAACGUUGCUGCUGACUUGUUUGAAUUUGACUUUUUACAUCUUCCAGAGAGCAGAAAUCCCCCAUCACAGUGAUUAGGAUGUUGUUGUUUAUUUACUCAUUUUCUUUUACUGAUAAAUAGAAAAUAGAAAUAAAAGCUUUUAUUAACCACAAUCCCCUCAUUUUAAUAACAGUACUUUUCCAACAGAUGUUUAUAUAAUAGCUUGGAUAGGUGUAAAAUGUCUAACCUGUAAGAGCAGAACCGAUAGUAGCAUUCAGGAAACAAAUUCUGCACGUGGAACAAAACUCUCUGAUGCAGGUGACAAUAACUUUGUAAAACACGAGAGCCAUCAAUUUCAAAAUAUGCAGAAAGUGCAACUGUUUUCUCCAGAAUGUCUGUGGUUAUUGAAUCACUCAACAUGUCAGACUGUUAGAGAGUAAAAUGAGCACAGCAUGUGCUUUUAGGUUAACAUGAUCUGGUUACACCCUGAAAGAAUGUAAGCACAUUUGAUGCAGAUUAACUCCCUCGUUGUCGAAAAUGAAAAAAAAAAAAAAAGCUAAAUUUGAUAGUCCUCUGGCAAUUUUUACAAAUGUAUACGAGUGUAAUUUUUGUACAAAUACUUCGACCCUCUGGCAUUUGAGUAAGUGCCACAAAGACUCAUUCACAAUCUUCUCUGGAAUAGUUUGUAAGAACAUCUUAAGCUUUUCAUUGACUUUUUUGUGACUGUGGCUUUUGAAAGUACAACUGCUUUCCCACAUCACACACUCACACACAUAUGCGCACACACAGGUUCUCACCAUACAAGCCAUUGGUCAUUUCACUGCUAGAUACACUAACUGUUUCUUAAGGGCCAACAUCCUAAGUUCUUGAAAACAGAUUCCGAAAGCUCUGUUUCUGAACUAUUUGUUUAUGCUCUAAGAUAAACUCUGACAUUUCCGAGGAAAAGAGCACAAGUUAAACUCUUCAAUGCUUUCUUUCUGCACACACAAGGCCCCUGUACAAUCUGACUGUCACCCUCCAAAGGCUGAAAUGUGCCCCUGUAUGACAUGGACUGCCCCCAAAAUUACCAGCCUCUUAAUAUUCUGAUUCAACCUUUUAAUGUGGGUUUUAACGUUGAAUCUGUAUGCUUGGACGGAGUUCAGAGAGGCCAUGGAUGGUAGGAAACAGAGAAUAAAUAGGGUUCAAGAGUUAUACAACACUGGUUCAACAGGAGCGUGAGAAGGAGAGCAGGUAGCGGAGGGUCCACUGAUCCUCUUUCUCCAUUACCAUAUGUCUGCUGAUAUCCCUUACUCAUACAAGCACAUUUCAAAUGAACCACUAAAUGUUAGUUGGCUGCAAAAUCCAUAUUGCAUUCAGGAAUUUCAUUACGAGGGCCAAGCCAAGAGUCCACCACAGAGUACUUUACAAGGCCAAGAGGGGGGCUGGACAGGGAGAAGGGAUGUGGGCUGUAAAAAGAGGAAAAGGAGGAUGAUUACAGAGGAGGUCACAAGAAGGGGAGAUUCAGUCUAGUGUAGGGGGAGGAGGAGGAUGAGAAGGAGGAGAAGGAGGAGGAGGAGGUGUCGGGGGAAAACCAGGACAAGAAGUUACAACAGGAAAACCAUUGAUAGACGACUGAAGCAUGUGUGCAGUGAAAAACUGGGCAGAUUCUUUGUGAGUCAACAUAAAGUUACAGAAAGUUAUAAUUAGUUAUAGAAAAACUGCCAGUAAGUGGCAAUACAUGUGAAAGUGUUGUCUGAUAGCAAGACCUCAAAAUGAAAGAACGAGAUGCUUUCUUUAACCUGGAGAGCCGAUUUAAAGCCAUAAUCGAGAAAAUUUAGCGCUCAUGAAAGUGGGCGCAAACUUUCAUCACAUAGUACAUAAAAGAUCAAGGCUGCUAGAAAAUAAAAGUUGAUAUUAAAACGCUAAUGAGUCAAAGUGUUGAUUCAGGUCAAAUAUUACUCCAGCACUGUUGAAUUUUUGUAAUGCACGAGUGCAGUCACGUAUACACUGAUGUACAUUCUGCUACGUUAUUAUUUAAAAGAUCAAUAAUAGUACCCAACCAGUAUAUCCAUGAAAGUGACAGCUAAGUCACCACAAGCUCACACUAAUGGGUCACAAUGUUUACCCUAGAUAAACAAAUGUAAAGCUAACACGCCUCGACAUGCUUUCUCAGGUGUGGCGGCAAAUUCUUUGAUGAAACUUGUGCACUGUAAACAGAGCAAACUUUUAAAGUUAUAAAUGAUAGAAAUCUUUCUGCGUUUCAAAAAGCUCAAACUUGAGAUGUGGGCAUGGGUGAUGACCAGAUAGAUAACUGUCAACCUUUUCUCUGUAGCCGUCAAUACCAUCACUAAAUGAUCGACCUGAUCUGAGUGACAUUUGGUCUACGUUUGCUUUGUUGUGUGUUUAACCACAGAGGGGUGCAGCAUACAGGUACAGUAGUACUGUUUGACAAACCAUGCAAAAGUCCACACACACUGUAAAUAACCUUUAACAACAGUUUUUUGAAAUGAAAAGUGUUACUGCCCUCCACUGCAAACAAAGGACUUUAUUUUCCCCUCUGCAGUAGAUGUGGAUAUUUCCUUAAGCCUCUACAACACUGAGACACGAUGUAAACCAUUGUUGGCUAUUUCAUGGCUAGGUGCAUAUAGGUCCAUUGGAUAGAAUUGAUUGAAACUGGUUAUCGAGUGGUCGUGACAUGGAGAGACCGCCAAGAUUACAUUCAUGACAGACCUUCUAGUGCUAUGCUGCUUGUGAGCAGUUUAGCAUGGGCUAAAAACUGUUCAAAAAAGUGUUCUGACUGAAUUGAUUAAAUAAUUCUUGUUUAACACUUAAAUGCUUGUGGUAGUGUUACCAUAGUCAAAAAAACAGAACUAUGUAUUUGACUAGUUCUGGACUGGUAGACCUUUCACCCGGUUCAACUCCAAGCAUACUCUAUGUUGCAGAUUAGCUACACAAUAUCGUAUCUACAGACUCAUUAAUCUGCUAGACUUAAUGCUGUAACUAUUGUGGGGCUGCACCUGCACUUUUUUCAUUGGUUUACCUCUCUUGAUCAGUCGAUGCUUCUUUGGUGAAAUAUCAAACUUAGUGAAAAAUGUGAAUCACAGUAUCCUGGGGCUCAAGAUGAAAUGGCUCUCCUUGUUUGGUUCAAUUAAAUCACACUUAAAGUACCAGCACAGAGGCUGGAGCUCAUGAAAAUGUUAAAUUGAUUAAUUUUCUGUAAAAGCGGCCUACCCUUAACAACACUGACUGACAUAGUAAAAACUGUUGGUUACGGACCCUAAAAUAAAGUCUUGUCAAAACUGUGGGGUCGUCCAUGGUUGCUAAUUGCCCUCUGGACGGACCUCUUGUGGUUACCAUGUCCCGAGCUUCAACUUUCCCCCCCUUCAAACAGGCCUUUGCUUUUGUGUUUGAUGAACAUUCCCCUUAUGAGAAAGAAAGUCAUUCUUCCUGCUCUCCUUCAUUCUCGCUUCUUUUCAAAGGAUGGAAUUGGUGAGGCUGCGUCCGUUGUUGCCCGGACAACAGUCCAGGGAUCAUUGUGUGCGUGCGGGGCUGACUAAGUCAACAAGUUUUCCCAGGCCUGUCAGAAAAGGAAAAGGAGGAGAGCAAGAGGAGGAGGGGGAGAGGGCUGGAUGGUUGGGAGGAUAAGGGUGGCCAUGAAAGGAGGAUUGCAGCAAUAAGAUCAGCGUGCAAGAAGAAGGAGAAGAAGCAAGGAGGGGUACUGGGGUGCACCCUGAAACAGGAGGUACUGGAUAGAGGGGAGAGAGGAGGUGAGGGGAGAAUGCAGGGGGAGGAUGAGGAGGAUCAAAAAGAAUCGGAUAAAAGCCUCAGUCCUGGGCAUGUUGAGACAAGAGGAGGGCCAGAGCAGGGGCAGUGGGUACGCCCAUGCACACACACAAAUGCACACACAUGCACACUUGUAUGAAAGGAACAUACAUCUCCAUGUGCACAAAGCCUGCUUUGCCUUGUACAGCGAUGAAUGAAGAUAAUAGCCAGAAAGGGAGCAGGCACUUUUAAAAAACAGCAUCUCUGUCAGGUCUAUUGAGGCCGCCUGUUUGAUUCAAGCUUGUUCAUUUCUAAUGCCUGUAUUCCCUCUGACCAUUCUAAGUUUAAUGCUGUCAGAACUGUGCAAGAAAGAUCAACCCCAGACUCAGGCUGACAUUCAUCAAUUGUGCAACCUCUUUUUUUUAUUUUACAUGUCUUAAAUAUCAUCAAAAAAUAUUGUUUGUAGAAAUACCAUCCUUGCAGGAAUGCAGGGAUUAUCAGCAGGUGGGGGAGUAUGUCUCUGUAGCUUCACUUUCAGAGGCUUUAAAAUGUUGCUUUGUGCACUUUCUAAGAUUUAAAAAUACAUGUUCGUUACACAUUCUCCUUCAUGACACAGAUAUCCAGUUGAAGUCAGUCUGUUCAACUGUAACUGACAUGUCUGCUGCUCUUUGUGUUCACAACAAACGAAUGUCACACACGGGGGCGUGAAAAGCUGUUGUAUGAUCAAAUAAAAUAGUUAUUUUAAGAUUCCAGAGCUACUUUUUUACACCCAAGCUUUUUGGAUGAUCACCACAUGCAAAAAGAACAAGUCUCAAGGUUUAUUCUGCAGAAGAAAUAAUCUAUGUAUAAUUAUGUCAACACAUGCUGUAUGGUGGAUUGGUCGUUUGGUGUUCUACAGGAGGUGUUGUUUUUCCACUUGGAAAGGUCAGAGUCAGAUUGUGUUUCUUGCUGCUCUUUGUUGUCACAGAUAUUUGGUCAGAUAAUCCAGACAGGUGUAUUCCACCUGUAAUUACAGCACCUUUUCCCAGGCUAAUAGUAUACGCAUAGGGAUUCACUUUGGUGAUACAUCCAUGUAAACUCUGAGGUCAUACCACAACUUUAGUGAGAAAUGAUAGGGUUCGUUCUUCCUUGACAAAAACAAGAACAGAAUGACAAAGAAGUAGUUCAACGAUAUGAGUUGCCUUUUGGACGCUAUUAUAUAAUCCUAUAAAACACUGCUCUACUACUGCAUGUACAUUGAAUUUUUUUUAAAAAAGUACAGUAGAUUUUACUGUUAAAAUACUUGAUAAAACAUCAGUUCAUCUAUGAAUGAGUGGUAAUAUCCAUAGUUAACUCAUUCAAAUGUCCCAUUUUGCAGCCAAAAGCAUAGCUGCUCCCUCUACAGGAGCUCUUUUGAACUUCUGUAACAUGAACAGCCAACCUCGCUUCCAAAUUAAAGUACAUAAACAGUUCACAGUGGAUCACAUCUUAUUUUCUGGAAAAUAAGUAUAAAACACAUGGUGCUGAUGUUCAUUAGUUCACAUUUCUUCUCUUUUUCAGGUAUGGCUGCUCUGGACAGUCGUGCUUCUGGAAAAAUGGGCAUGAGGGCAGUGAUCUACUACACCACCACCACUGUCAUUGCUGUGUUCAUUGGCAUUGUUAUGGUGCUCAUCAUUCACCCUGGGAAAGGAUCCAAGGAUGAGUUCACCAAUAAGCAGACCGUCGAGCAGGUCAGCCCCGCGGAUGCCUUCCUCGACCUCAUCAGGUACAUGUGCACCUGUUUGUGUAAAACAGUCACAAAAGCACCGCUAUCUGUAAUUUUUGAAAAUUGAGGAAGGGAGCUGUAAUAAAUUACAUUGCAUGUGGCUUUUUCUAUCUUAUAUAUGCAUCUCUGAUUUUAGGAAUCAUUUGAUUAUAUUGACAAAAGUGUACAUCUUUUUUGUACUCUAGAAACAUGUUUCCUCCUAACCUUGUGGAGGCUUGCACUAAACAGGUAAGUGACACAUUUUCCCAUAUAGAUGUAUGUAAUGCAUUUUCAUAUCUACAUUGCCAUUAUUGUGGACUUUGGCUGUAUUGAAUAGAGAUCUCUAUCACUGACAGUAACUUUAUAAUUCGUCUGAAUUUGCUCACUGUAAGCUGUACCAGAUCUUUUUUUAGUUUAACGGGUUAUUCAGCCUUUGCUCAUAUUUUCAACGUAUAAAGAGCAAAAAGGGGUUUUACAGAAAUAGUUUCAAACAGAUAUGGGACUUUUUCAAUGGACACCUGACAACCAAGUGCUGCUUCUACUGCUUUCGUUGGUUCAGUUGUUAAGUGAGGCCCUUGUCUCAGCGCCUCUUUUACUUCCUCAUUCCACUGAAGUGAGGUUGUGAAAUUCUGAGUGUCAGAUAUUAGUGAAGCAAUUUCAAACAAAUAGCUGCAUCCUGAAAAACUAUUUUUGGAGAAGUGACUUAAAUUUUCAUUUGGGGACCCUUUUCCUUUCAUAGCAGUUUUAAUAAAACAUUAUUGUCCCAAGUAUUAAUCCCUAUUCAACCCCCUUUUUUAAAAUCCAGUUCAAGACGCAGUAUGCCAAGAGAGUAGUCCGUGUUACUAUGACAGUGAAUGACACAAUAUUCGCUGUCAAUGGUAGCCAUGAGAUAACCCGGGAGGAGAUGAUCCCGGUGCCGGGGUCAGUGAACGGAGUCAACGCUCUAGGCCUGGUGGUGUUCUCCAUGUGCUUCGGACUGAUCAUCGGCAGCAUGAGGGAACAGGGUCAGCCUCUUAAAGACUUCUUCGACUGUCUCAAUGAGGCCAUCAUGAGGCUGGUGGCCAUCAUCAUGUGGUAAGUACCAGUAUGUAUGGAUAUAUAUGAGGUGCCGGAUCUUCCAAUAACGAUCAAAUAACAUUGAUCCUCAGGUAUGCCCCUAUUGGUAUCCUGUUCCUGAUUGCUGGUAAGAUAGUGGAGAUGGACGACAUCACAUCCAUGGGAGGUCAGCUGGGAAUGUACACAGUGACCGUCAUCUCUGGCCUGCUAAUCCAUGCCAUUUUUGUCCUGCCGACACUCUACUUUGUCAUCACUAGGAAGAACCCUUUUGUUUUUAUCGCUGGCCUUCUGCAGGCACUCGUCACUGCCCUGGGAACAUCAUCCAGGUAUGUGACUGGAUUGCUAAGAGUGUCAAAAUGUUGCCUAAUAAAUUCAGAGGUGGUGGUUAAACUUACUUUCAUUGUGCCAUACAAGCUAAGUGUGCAAGGUGAUUUGAAAAGCAGAGCAAGAUGCAUAAAAUAUAUCAAGAAACAAAUAUGAAAGACAAUGAAAAAUACUGUUACAGAGGACUAAGUAAUCAAAUGCAUGAAUCUCAAGUUAAGAUUCAAGGAAUGAGUGAUUCAAACACUAGAAUAAAGAAAUCGACAGUUUUUGUCAUGGUCUUUCUUCUGUAUGUACUUAAGCCUGUUUUAUAACCAGCAGAAAAUCCUCAUAGGAGCUUGAAUGAAUAAAUAUAAACAAAAACUGGUAAGAGGGAUAGUCAAUGCAACAAACCGGAUAGCCUCCACACAGUGUUAUUAAUUUCCUGGAAUGGUUCAUUGGGAUCAAACUUAAAUCUACAGAUUUGUACAGAUUUCUUUGCUUUAUCUUCAAAUCAAAGUCUGCUUGCAUGACUGAAUGGUUUCAGACUUUGGUAUGCAGUCACAUUCCCUGAUCCUGCAGAUGAUGACUGUUGAUAAGGAUGAUUUAUGACUGACCAGGAAACAACUGGUCAGUGUUCAAGCAGUCACUGAAUUUCAAAAUUACUGUAAGUUAUGGGAUAUGACCUUCAUUUAUUCUGCAUUUUCCUCAGUUCUGCCACUUUGCCCAUCACUUUUAAAUGCCUGGAGGAAAAUAACAACGUAGACAAGCGUGUGACCCGCUUUGUGCUCCCUGUCGGCGCCACUAUAAACAUGGAUGGUACAGCUCUUUAUGAAGCUCUGGCAGCCAUCUUCAUCGCUCAGGUCAAUGACUAUGACCUCAACUUUGGACAGAUUCUCACCAUCAGGUAAGCCGAGCAGAGUUUCACUUUAACCUCUUCAAACAUUUAUUCAAACUGUGAUUUAUUAAUUGUAACAUACAGACUUUUUUUGUAAGACUUAAGAAAACCCAAAGAAAUAUGAUUCAGUAAAGCUUGCCUGCUCUGAGAGAACAUCUUUAUUAGGCCUUGUGUCUUUGAUUACUCAAGACUGUAAUCCUGCCAAACCUAGCUGACGCAUAUCCAAACCCCAAAGCAUGUUACUGCUUUAUAAAUGGUUUUCUAACCACCAGCCAUAAAGUUUGAUUGUAGAAUUUCAGCCAAAGAACUGAAUUUAUGACCCCUCUUUGGGCUGUUACCAAAGAAUGAUGAUGAGGUCAAUCAUGGGACAGCUGCAUAGUAACCGUUCAUCUGCAGAUGAUUUCAACUUCUCUUCACCUGCUUUUAUGAAAAUGUAUUUUCUCCCAUUAGCAUCACGGCAACAGCAGCGAGUAUUGGAGCAGCUGGAAUUCCUCAGGCUGGCUUGGUCACGAUGGUGAUAGUGCUAACAUCUGUAGGACUGCCCACUGAUGACAUCACCCUCAUCAUCGCUGUUGAUUGGUUCCUGUGAGUAUAGCCAUGUGAAACUAUUCAUAUAAAGAUGAAAAAAUGAAGGUUUUAAAGAGGAAUGGGGGUCUAAUUGUGAUACAAGUCUGGCAGAGGUGGGUUUAAAGGGUUAAUAGGGAUCAAAUCUCAGUUUUGAAAGACGUCCCUCUCACAUUCCGGGUCUUUCCAUCCAUCUGGUUUUUAUUCAGUUGCUAUCCAAUCCCAGUGCAAAGCUAGACUUCCUCCUUCUGGCUUGUUUCAUGUGGGUAAAAGAUUGCCUGGAGCGAUAAAAACCAUGCCUCUGCUUUGCUCUUUUUUUAUGUACACACAUUUACAGAAAAGUCGUUUUGGUUUAAUGUUUAAAUUCUUAAAGGAACAUUUUUUUUUUUUUUUUUUUAUCAUUCCCUACUGCCUGGUCCUUUUUUUGUCCUGCUUCUCAUACUUUUCUAUUCUCUAUAUUGGCUUGUCUUUUUUCUCUUUUCUUAUGUCAUUUCAUACUGUUAUCUCAUCCUGUCUUCUUAUCCUUCACUUGUUUUAUUCUGUUAUCUUGUCAUAUCCUCUUUAUUUUAUCUUGUUUUCUUUUCAACUAUCUGGUAUUUUUUUUAUUUUUCUAAUGCUCCCACCUUCUCAUCUUCACCUUAUUGCUGUCUUUCUGUAGGGACCGAUUGCGCACCACCACCAACGUCCUGGGAGACUCCAUCGGAGCAGGUAUAGUAGAGCACCUGUCUCGCCAUGAACUGGAGAAAAAAGAUCCCGAAGCUUGGAACUCAGUGGUGGAGGAAGCUGACAAGAAGCCAUACCAGCUGAUCCACCAGGAGAAUGAGUGUGAGAAUGAGAGGCCUAUUGCUAGUGAGACCAAGAUGUAG